CUAGGUCGUGCUGAACUGGGAUAUUCUGUUCUGUUUCAAAAUCACCCUUUUUUAAGGUUUAUUUUUCUUUACAUUUGUUUUUGCUUUGUGAUUACAAUUCGCUAUCAUCAGUCAAUCAGUAAGAGAUGGAUGAAGAUAGCACAUACACGAGCGAUGGAACAAGGGAUAUCUACAAAAGGCCUGCUAACAAAGAGAAAACUGGAAAUUGGAAGGCUUGCCGCUUUAUUCUUGUAACUGAGUGUUGUGAGCGAUUGGCCUACUAUGGCAUGAGCACCAAUUUGGUGAACUAUCUGAAAAUUCGUCUUAACCAAGACAACGUUACCGCGUCGAACAACGUCACAAAUUGGUCGGGAACUUGCUACAUUACGCCGCUAAUCGGCGCCUUCCUCGCCGAUUCUUGCCUCGGCAGAUACUACACCAUUGCCACCUUUAGCUCCAUCUAUGUCCUUGGAAUGGCACUCUUGACUUUAUCCGCCUCGGUCGGCGGUUUAAAGCCUGAGUGCGACGCGUCGGGUGUCUGCCACCCGACGCAGGCGCAAUCCGCCACUUUCUUUGUGGCAUUGUACUUGAUCGCGUUCGGUACCGGUGGGAUCAAGCCGUGUGUCUCCUCGUUUGGGGCCGACCAAUUCGACGAGAACGAUGAGAACGAGAAGAAGAGGAAGAGCUCCUUCUUCAAUUGGUUCUAUCUCUCGAUAAACGUUGGCGCCCUAAUUGCUUCGUCGGUCCUUGUUUGGAUACAAAUGAAUGUGGGGUGGGGUUGGGGUUUCGGGAUACCCGCCGCUGCUAUGGCCCUUGCCGUUGCCGCAUUCUUCGUCGGCAGCCGCCUUUACCGGGUCCAAAGGGCCGGGGGAAGCCCCCUCGUCCGUAUCGCGCAGGUUUUGAUCGCGUCCAUCAGAAAAUUCCGCGUCAAGGUCCCGUCUGAUGUGUCACUCCUCCACGAGACAUCUGACUUGGAAGAGUCAAACAUCAAGGGGAGUAGGAAACUCCAACAUACCAACAAAUUCAAGUUCUUUGACAAGGCGGCUGUGAAGACGAAAGAAGAUGUAGACCAGAAAGAGGGCUCGGCUGUGUGGCAUCUCUGCACGAUCACACAGGUCGAGGAGCUCAAGUCACUAGUCCGACUACUACCGGUGUGGGCCACGGGCAUCGUUUUUUCAGCGGUUUACAGCCAAAUGAGCACAAUGUUUGUGUUACAAGGGAACACAAUGGAUCAACACAUGGGGCCUAAUUUCAAGAUCCCUUCAGCGUCACUUUCUCUAUUCGACACAAUCAGUGUGAUAGUCUGCACCCUCGCCUACGAUCUCGUCCUCGUACGCGCUGUCAGGCGCUACACAAAGCACGAGAGGGGGUUCACGCAGCUCCAGAGGAUGGGAAUUGGGCUCAUGAUCUCAAUCCUCGCAAUGGUCGUGGCCGGUGGACUCGAGGUCUACCGGCUACGCUACGUGAGGAUCCACGGCCUUUACGACCAAGAGACCAUUCCUAUCUCGAUCUUCUGGCAGGUUCCUCAGUAUUUCCUCGUUGGAUGUGCCGAAGUCUUCACGUUCGUAGGGCAACUCGAAUUCUACUAUGACCAAGCCCCCGAUGCGAUGAGAAGCUUGUGCUCCGCUCUGUGCCUCACCACCACAGCCCUCGGGAACUAUCUGUGUACGUUUUUAGUCACGGUGGUGACUGAGGUGACCACCCGAGAUGGCCGACUGGGAUGGAUCCCGGAUAAUCUGAACCGGGGUCAUCUCGAUUACUUCUUCUGGCUGCUAGCACUCCUUAGCUUUGUGAAUUUCUUGGCCUAUCUGGUGGUUGCGAGGUGGUACACUUACAAGAAGGUGGCCGGACCGCCGUCGCCGGCUCUGCAGCAGUGACCCUUUUCUCUCUUGUUCUUAGCCUAUUGUAG